AUGAGUGUUCCCUCCAUACCGCUUGAAACACAAGCAGUGCCGGAAGAUCAAGAACAACAGUUUGUGCAUGAAGUCUACAAUGAUAUAGCUCCUCACUUCUCCUCGACAAGGUACAAGCCUUGGCCCAUAGUGGAGAAGUUCUUACUUGAUCAACCAGAUUUCAGCAUUGGCAUAGAUGUGGGUUGCGGCAACGGAAAGUAUCUUGGAGUGAACAAAAAGCUUUAUUGUCUUGGUACAGAUCGUUCGGACGGGCUCAUUGAAUGUGCUCAAAAGGUAAGCGAUAACAAGUACGACGUAGGAGUGGCCGAUGGAUUACAUCUACCUCAUGAGAGCGACAGGUUCGAUUUCGCCAUCCUGAUAGCGGUAAUACAUCAUUUUGCGAACGAAGAAAGACGGAUAGAGGCUAUAAAGCAUAUUCUUUCCAAGCUCCGAGUUGGAGGCAGGCUUCUAGUAUACUGUUGGGCACUUGAACAGGAGAAGUCUAGAAGAGGGUAUAAGGAGGGCGAUGACCAAGACAUUUUGAUACCGUGGGUUCUUCAAAAAAAUGUCAACUCAAAAAAGAAAAAGGGGGCACAGAAGGAUGACAUCGAAGAACUGAAAUUUUCUGAACCGGAAACCAAGUACCGUUACUAUCAUCUCUAUAGAAAGGGAGAACUUGUGGAAAAUGCCGAAAGGGCUGGCGGUAAGGUGGUAGACCAUGGCUACGAAAAGGACAACUGGUGGGCUAUUGUUGAGAGGGUUUGA